UAUUCACUUGAUUAUGGCAAGAAUGAUGAUUCUUGGUUCCGUCACCCGCAUGCUCUUUCUUCUCUUCUAAACAACACACACUUAUAAAUCCCAUUCACCCUCCCAUUCUUUUCUUACACACACCUCCACCUCACUCAUCCACAUCUCUGUUUUCCUCUGCUUUCCUCUGUUCCAUUCUAAACUCCAAUGGCCGUCUCCGGCUUCGAAGGCUUUGAGAAACGCUUGGAGCUUCAUUUCUUUGGCGAUGAUUUCCAACUUGGUCUCCGAAAGAUAGACUUCGAAUCAAUACAAUUAGUCCUCGAACAAGUCCAAUGCACCGUCGUCUCCGCCGUCGGCAACGCCUACUUCGACGCCUACGUUCUUUCGGAAUCAAGCCUCUUCGUAUACCCAACAAAGAUCAUAAUCAAAACAUGCGGAACCACCCAACUCCUGAAAUCAAUUCGACCCUUGAUCUUCUAUUCACGCCUCAUAGGCCUCACACUCUGUUCAUGCCGUUACACACGUGGCACCUUCAUCUUCCCAAAGUCGCAGCCUUUUCCUCACACAAGCUUCAAAGACGAAGUCACUUACUUGGAAGACACAAUUCCUUCCAACCUCUGCUUCAGAAAAGCUUCCAUCAUGCCUUCCAUGUCUUCUUCUCAUUCAUGGCAUGUUUUCACUGCCACCAUUGACCACCAUGACCAAGACAAUGAACUCUUCACCAUGGAGGUCUGCAUGACUGACCUUGACCCCAUCCUCGCUAGGAAGUUCUUCCGCCGACCGGACGAUGGAAAAACCGGCCACUCUGCCGGAAAAGAGAUGACGGAGCUGACAGGGAUCAACGACAUAAACGCCGACGCACUCGUCUGCGAUUUCGCCUUUGAUCCCUGCGGUUACUCCAUGAAUGGCAUGGAUGGUGAUUGGUAUUCCACCAUCCAUGUCACACCUGAGGAUGGUUUUAGCUAUGCCAGCUUUGAAUGCGUUGGUUCCGUUAACGCCAACAACAUAGGACAUGUUUUGAGGAAGGUGGUUCAGAUUUUCCGACCGGGUACGAUGUCGGUUUCUACGACGUGCAGCGGUUACAGCAAUGAGAUGUGGAAGCAGAUGGCAACUGCGGUGGAGCCUUUGGGAUUCAAAUGCCGGAGUUGCGCAAUGGACCAGUUCCCUGCAGCAGCUACUGUUGUCUUUCAAACGUUUACGCCUCGCCGGAAAAGUACUUAGAACAAGAUCAAUAUCAUGCGGCGGCCGGCUACGGUCACAAUGGUGGUUGAUGACAAAGAUGGUAGGUUAGGAAGUUAGAGUUAGUUGAAAAAAAUUUAGAGUUGGGAUGGGGUCGUGACGUGGCCAAAUCUGAUUGGUUUAUGACGGUUGAUGUUGGAUUUUGACUUAAUUUGUUGGUUUUAAAAAGAGAAAUAUUAUAUGCGCUAUUUUUGUGUA